AUGUCUUCUUACGAAAACACGAAACGUAAGAGCACUCUACCUCCACGAUGUUACCAUUGCAAACCUUCACCAUUUUAUUGCCCUAAAUAUGGCUGUCCACCCCCGCAACAAUAUCCACCUUCAAAAUAUUGUUGUUCUUCUCCAUGUCCACCUUUCAUAUGUAGGCCACGACCAGAACCUCCACCAAAACCACCAACCCUGUACAUUGUAAAUUGUUUACCACCUCCUGAUCCACCAAUUCCUAAAUGUACACCACCAAAAUUAGUUCCACCACCAUCAUGCGUACGUUAUUGUAUCACUGAUAUAUGUGGAAAAUCGUGCUAUUGUCCUCGCUACUUUACUGAUCCUCAGUGUAUGAAAUGUUGUUGA